GGGCAUCGUCGGUGGUGACUCUCUUUUUUCAUCGGAAAAUGCUUAGGCGUCCUCCUCAGGUUCCUCUUCUUUGGAUUACUUCCCGUGGUAUUGUCUUCGAUAUUUCUUCCCGACCAUUUUACUUUGUAGUUUGUAGUAUAUACUUUGUAUUUUAUUCGAUAGACCUUCUUGCAGUCUUUUUCCUCCUUUUUUUUUCCCACAGGGAUUUUAGGGGUUUUUUACAGACGCACCUAUUGUUUUGCUUUCUUUUUUAUAUUUGUAUCGUUUUUUUUUCUUUCAGUCGGGAAGCUCCGGAUAUCUGUUGGCUCACGUAACAAAGAUCUAUCAUAACCUUGGGCGGGACGGGACUGAGGGGGUCAAUAAGUGCUGCUGCACUUUGGAAAUCAUGACUGUACG